GUGCGUGUGUGUGUGUGUGUGUUCAGCAGGCAGGUCCUCCUCAGUGCUGCUGUGGAGCCUCGCAGGAGGAGGCGGUGGUCUUGUUAUUGAGCGGCCCGGCGGUGGAAGUUUCACUGCAGGGGUGGGACUUUCUUUCUGCAGUCGGUGGAAGAAGGUUCAUCUGCGGCUCUUACAGAAAUGCCUCCUGCAGCAGGUUUCCAGACUCCAGCGAACAGCAGCACACAGAGACGGACACCUCCGAGUGCAACAUAACCCCCCUCCUAUUGCUCUUCUUCUUCUUCUUCUUCUUCUUCUUCUUCACCCCUCUGCUCCUCUUCCUCCUUCAGCUGGCCGCGUCUCAGAGCUUUCGGAUGAUUUGAAUCGGGAGCAGUGUGAACGCCGUUGCUCUCCCCUCCUACACCCUCCCCUCCCCCCCCCCCUCCCCCCUCCGGCUACACAGACUGGACCGGCACCGGUGUCAUUGGAUGGAGAGAGGCGCCUGAAGAAGGGAGAGCGGUGGAGUUGCUCUCUACCCCCCCUCCUCCUCUUUCUUCCCUAUACUGCACCAAAAGAAAAGUCCGGGCUGGCUGCAUCACCAUGUCCUCGGCUCAAAGUGGGGAUAUACCAGGAUACCAUCUGAGUGUGGUGCGUAACCCGCCCGGCUGGGAGGUUGGGAUCUACCUGGUUGGCUUCUUUGUGCUGCUCGGUGUGGCCGGGCUCAACAUCUGGAAGUUGUGGAAAUCUGGAACCUUCCCUGCACCGUCCCCCUUCCCCAACUUUGACUAUCGAUAUCUUCAAGAAAAAUAUGGAAACUCCUUCUCAGAAGUCAGACAGAAGCGAGUGGCUGCCAACAACCACCGGCGGACCUCCACCACGUCCAGCCGCAAACCCAGCCUGGCUCUGGGCGACACCCCAGACGGUUUCAGGGACCUGGGUCACCUGGAGCUGAUGAGCAGGGAGCUGGACCCGACCGGCAUGGCCCAGAUCAACCGGUCCAUGUCCACCGACUCACUCAGCUCCAUCUCCUCCAUCGCCAACAACUUUGGCCAUGACGUCACGGUCGGCCAGCUGGAGGUGACGCUCGAGUUUGAGCCGUCCAGGCAGCCGGGCCAGGGGACGGGACUGCUCCACAUCUCUCUGCACCAGGGCAAAGACCUGCUGGAGAGGGAGGAGGGGGACUUCCCCGGCUGCUUCAUCAGAGUCUCCCUGGGGCCAGAGGAGCUCAAUGUGGGAGUCACAAGGGUCCAAACGAACGCAUUCACCGUGAUCUUUGAUGAGCGCUACUCCAUCCCCGUGGACCUGUCCAUGCUGGAGGAGUACAACCUGCGUUUCGCCGCUUUUGGUAUUGAUGCCGAUGAGAGAAACAUCAGCGCCGGUGUCGCAGAUCUCAAGCUGUCAGACCUGGACCUGACCAUCAGAGCGUUCAACGCCUGGCUCUACCUUCAGGACGUCAAUAAGGCUGUGGAUGCAGUCGGCGAGAUCCUGUUGUCUCUGAGUUAUUUGCCGACUGCAGAGCGCCUCACAGUGGUGGUGGCAAAGUGUAAGAGCCUGGUGUGGACCAACAGCAAGAACACUGCAGAUCCGUUCGUCAAAGUUUAUCUCCUGCAAGACGGGAGGAAGAUCAGCAAGAAGAAGACGUCCACCAAAAGAGACGACACAAACCCCAUCUUCAACGAGGCCAUGAUCUUCUCUGUGCCGUCCAUAGUUCUGCAGGAGCUCUCCCUGAGGGUGACGGUAGCCGAGGCAACAGACGACGGCCGGGGUGAGAACCUGGGUCAUGUUAUCAUCGGGCCCGAGGCCAGCGGCAUGGGGAUCACCCACUGGAACCAGAUGCUCGCCACUCUGAGGAAACCUGUGUCCAUGUGGCACCCUCUGCGCAGGAUCUAGUCCUCUCCAACCGUAUACACAUAUGACCUGAGUCGAGUAAAACGAUCCCCUCUUCACCUAACUUUCAGCUCUGCUCCUUCUGUGGUGCCACGCUCUGAUCUCAUCGUAGACAAGUUAGAGUUUAGGGCUCACAGGACGAAUCCUUUUUGUGCUCUGACAGUGAGAUGCAAAAUAAAGUAAACCUCUAUCUUCAUGUACGGAGAGGAAAUCUAAAAAAGUGUUUGACAUUAAAAAUAUAUUUUCAAUAAUCUCUCAAUUAAUAGUUUCUUUAAAUUUGAUCUAAAGUCUUAAGUACGUUGCUUCCUUCUGGCUUGGAUGCAUUAUGGGCAAUGGUGGCAUUUGGGAGGGAGCAGAGCAUAUCCCAAAUUUCCGAGAUUACACUGAAAUACAUUUUCAAAUUGUGUCUUUACCUUGUCCUCCUGUGUUGAGAACCAGCUGAAAUGAAAAAUAUAUAGAUAGCUUCCCCUUGAAAAGGUCUUGAUCAGAAAUGUCCCUUUGUACUUUGAGGUGAGUUUUAAUUCCCAAAGAGGAGCCCCCCCCCCCCCCCCCUGCAUGGUGCCUACUCUGGUUGUAGCCUGUUAUAACUCUCUAAAGAACGACUGACCGGAUGGAGGGGUGAAGUCACUUCUCUUUCAGGAAAACUCUUCUUCUUUUGUCUUUUCAAGCAGGUCGUUGAUUGCGCCUACUCGACUGAUUUCCUAGCUCUGUUGGAUCUGCUUUUGCGAUUAGUUAACAGCAGGAUCGAGGAAGUGUAGAGGGUUUGGUCCGUUCAGUAUUUAUUGUGCUUUUGAGAAAAAAAAAAUCCAGGUACUCUUAUCCAGGUGAAUUAAUUGUAAUUUGUAGCAGUUGUUACAGGGUGGCCAAAUCAGAUGUAACUAUCAUAUAAGCAUUGUAUAACGUUGUUCUAUUUUUACCAUGGUUAAUGCAAUACAAGUUGCAUAAGCAUAUUUGACAGUGUAAAUAAUUCUUCUCCUUGCAAAUUAUGUUUUUCAUAUAUUACACUUAAUCAAACGUUAAAUUCCAACUUCAUUUAUACACUAUAUUACCACAAUUCUUGUUGCUGAUCGAUGGAUUAUUACAAAAACACCUCUGGGAAUUUAACAUAUAUGUAAAGAAUACAAACCCUUUCAAAUGGGGUUAGACUUUAUUUUAUGUUAAAGGAAACACCUUGACAUUCUGAAUUGAUCUAUAGUUGUGUUUUACCAGGAGUUUGUCACAUUUGUUCUUUUAAGGGUCCUGCAGACUUAAUUAUAUAGAGUUUUUUUUGCAGUUUAAAGGAAGAUAAUGUGACAGGGGCCUCGUAAAUAUCAAAAUGUCAAGGUGGCUUUUUCAUCCGUCUGAGAUAUUCUCUGCAACAUUGUGCAAUAGUGCUGUUUUGUUGUAACUUUUGAAUGUGAAUUAUCAUGUGAAAUACUUGCUCUAACUCUAAAAGCAUCAUCAGCCUUACGCAUUGUUGUGGUUUUUAUUUCAAGCCGAGCCUUUUUAACAUCAGGUUCUUACUGCAUUCGUCACCUCACUUUGAAAAGUCAAUCUGAACAACAACACACCUGCUGUCACACUAUAGACAAUGUUUCCUACUGUGCCAAAUAACAAAGCAAUAUUUUCAUUUACAAUCAACAUCUGCGUUCAGUUCAUCCAAGCUGUAGCUAUACAUUUCACCAUGCAUGAAGUUAUUUAGCACUUGAUGUGAAUGUGCCUCAAGAAUACAGUGUAUUGUGUGAAUGCUGUUUGAAAUAAAAGCAAUUCAACAGUAA